UUAAAGCUUAUGGACCUCAAUCGUAUCAUCAAACUCCUUCAAGAGACUGAUGAGGUUGAUUUAGAAGAAAAACAACUUAAAUCUGUCAAGAAACUGGUCCAGUGUUACCAGAAUGGACUUCCUCUCAGGGAUUUAGCACAAAUAUUUAAAAUUCUGAAUCUGUGUACAGGAAAAAUUGAAAACCAGCCUCAUUUUGUCGAAUGUGCCUGUGAUAUCCUGAAAUUGUGUGGCUUGCCAUUUUUGAAAAAGAAAGUAUCGGAUGAGAUAACAUAUGCCGAAGACACUGCUAAUUCAAUCGCACUUCUGGGUGACUUAAUGAAAAUACAAAAUUCUGACUUAAGGAUACAAAUCUGUAAGUGUAUUGUUGAUUUUUAUCACGCGGAACCACCAAAGAAACAUAUUACAGGUUACCAGCAAGCUAGUUCAUCAUACAAGAUUCAAAUGGCUGAAGUUGGAGGCUUGGCAAAAACAAUGGUCCAGUCAUUGGCCUUUCUUGAAAAUCAACUUGUUGAGAAACUCUGGGUACUUAAGGUUCUACAACAUCUCUCAACUUCUGAAGCUAAUUGCACUUUUAUGAUGAAAGCACAAGCAGCUAGUGGAAUCUGUAUUCACCUUAAUGACCCUGAUCCCUCUGGACAACUUCUGUUUCGUUCAUCAGAAAUACUUUGGAACUUGUUGGAAAAAUCCUCCAAAGAAGAAAUUAUCCAACAGCUUAGCAAUUUGGAAUGUUUGCUGGCUUUGAAGGAAGUAUUUAAAAAUCUGUUUAUGAGAGGUUUUAGUCAUUACGAUCGUCAACUUAGAAAUGAUAUAUUAGUGAUCACUACAAUUAUAGCUCAAAACCCUGGAGCACCAAUGAUUGAAAGUGGUUUUACCCAAGAUUUAAUACUUUUUGCAACCUUUAAUGAAGUUAAAAGUCAAAAUCCUUUGGUGAAAAGUCUUAAGCUUUCUAAUUCCUAUGAGGAUUUUGAGUUGAAGAAAUUGCUAUUCAACAUAAUUGUGAUCUUAAGUAAAGAUUUAGCUACUACACAGCUAUUGGUUCAGGGCAAGGUGAUUUGGGCUUUAUUCACGUAUGUUAAAAAACCUGAGAAACACAAGAUUGUUGACUGGUCUGCAGCACAACAUGAAGAAUUACAACUACAUGCAAUUGCCACUUUGUCAUCAGUGGCCCCUUUACUGGUAGAAGAGUAUAUGCUGUGUCAGGGAAAUGCACGAGUCCUUGCAUUUCUAGAAUGGUGUCAGAAUGAAGAUCCCUUCUUGAGUCAGGGGAAUAGUUUCCAUGGGAUGGGUGGUCGUGACAACAAGUUUGCCCAGAUGCGCUACAGUUUAAGACUGCUGAGAGCCAUGGUCUACCUUGAAGAGGAGACUGUAAACAAGGACCUCUGUGAAAAGGGUACAAUUCAACAGCUGAUAGAAAUCUUCAAAAACACAAUAAACAAGCCUAAUGAAAAGGAAGAGGCCAUUGUUUUGGAAAUUCAGUCUGAUCUAUUACUUAUCUUAUCUGGCCUUUGUGAACAUCAAAAUCAUCGGAAAGACAUUUUCGGAACUGAAGGAGUAGAUAUAAUUCUUCAUGUAAUGAAAACAGACCCGAAGAAAUUACAGAGUGGAUUAGGCUAUAAUGUACUACUAUUCAGUACACUGGACAGCAUUUGGUGCUGCAUUUUGGGAUGCCAUCCUUCCGAGGAUUACUUUCUUGAAAAAGACGGCAUUUUUCUCCUUUUGGAUUUAUUGGCAUUGAACCACAAAAAAUUCUGUAAUCUAAUACUUGGAAUAAUGGUUGAAUUUUGUGAUAAUCCAAAAACUACGGCUCAUGUCAAUGCUUGGCGGGGGAAGAAGGACCAGACAGCUGCUAGUCUUUUAAUUAAAUUGUGGCGAAAAGAAGAAAAAGAACUAGGAGUAAAACGGGAUAAAAAUGGGAAGAUAAUUGAUACAAAGAAACCUCUGUUUACUAGUUUUCAAGAAGAACAGAAAGUCGUGCCGCUGCCUGCCAACUGCCCAACUGUGGCAGUAAUGGAUGUUGCCGAGAAUAUCAGAGCAAAAAUUUAUGCUGUGCUGGGCAAACUGGAUUUUGAAAAUUUGCCUGGCCUAUCUGCUGAAGAUUUUGUCACACUUUGUAUCAUACAUAGAUAUCUUGAUUUUAAAAUUGGAGAAAUAUGGAAUGAAAUAUAUGAAGAAAUAAAAUUAGAAAAACUAAGACCAGUCACUGCAGAUGCAAAAAUUUUGGAAGCGAUUACAACAGCAUCAGAAAAUAUUGGAAAGAUGGUUGUUACUCUGCAGAGUGAGAUGAUUGAAAGCCAAGCACGCCAAGAUGUACAAAAUGAACAAAAAGUCUACACAAAAAUACAAGCCACACACAAGCAAAGAGAAUUGGCUAAUAAGUCAUGGGAAAAUUUCUUGGCCAGAACAUCAAAUGCUAAAAAUUUAAAGAAAGCAAAAAGGCUUCAGGAAAAGGCUAUAGAAUCCUCUAGACCCAAUGAGCGAUCACAAAAUGUAAUAUUUCAUCGGACAGAUAUUAAAGGCCUUAAUGCAACGGUUGCCUCUGGUCGGGUAGUAACAGUCGAAAGCACACCUGCCCGAGUAAUAGGAGGGCCUCUGGCUGACACGGAUAUUGCUCUUAAAAAACUUCCUAUUCGAGGAGGAGCCUUCCAGAGGGUGAAAACAGUUAAAACCGUGGAUGAGCCAAAGAAGAGUAAACUGACAUAAAAUGGCCUACAGACUUUUUGAAAUAAAUCCUGCUUAUACUUUUAUAGUUAAAUAUAUCUUUAUAUACAAAUGUAAAUCAGAUAUUUAAGAAUA